CAUCAGACACACCACCAGCACCCCCCCCCCCCCUUCCCAGGUUGAGUUAAUAGUUGAAAAUCGUUGAAUUCUACACGUGCGCAAGUUCAGCCACUGAGAAUGAGGAAGCGCAGCGGUCCAAAAGAAGCAUAAACGAAACUGAUUCCAACAUUCUACGUUGAACAACGGGGCGAACGACACCUCGAGACUAAGUAGAAAUUGAAGCAAGAGCAAGUCACGGUGUGCGAGAGAUGAAGAUGAGGACAAAUCUCGUGCUGUGUGCGCUAGCGGUGCUGUCGAUGUUAGACCGAGCGGGGUCAGACGCAGCUUCGACAGAUCUCCAUGGUUGGAUGUUCAUUCUGUCUCCAGAAGGAACUGUCACUCUGUUCUCCCCCUCUGUUGCUCCCUCCUCCUCCCCCUCCCCCUUCCCCUCCUCCUCUCCCUCCUCCUCCCCCUUCCCCUCCUCCUCUCCCUCCUCCUCCCCCUCCUCCUCUCCUUCCUCCUCUCCCUCCUCCUCUCCCUCCUCCUCCCCCUUCCCCUCCUCCCCCUUCCCCUCCUCCUCUCCCUCUUCCUCCCCCUUCCCCUCCUCCUCUCCCUCCUCCUCCCCCUCCUCCUCUCCUUCCUCCUCUCCAUCUUCCUCCCCCUUCCCCUCCUCCUCUCCUCCUCCUCCUCUUCUUCCUCCCCCUUCCCCUCCUCCCCUCCCUCCUUCACUACCACCUUCCCCCUCCUCUCCCUCCUCCUCCCCCUUCCCCUCCUCCUCUCCCUCCUCCUCCCCCUCCUCCUCUCCUUCCUCCUCUCCCUCUUCCUCUCCCUCUUCCUCCCCCAUCCCCUCCUCCUCUCCCUCCUCCUCCCCCUUCCCCUCCUCCUCUCCCUCCUUCACUACCACCCUCCCCUACACCCCGUCACCCUCCCCCCCCCCUCUACAAGGUGUGACGGUGUGUUUGCGGUACAUAGCCGAGAAAAUAGAUUACCUGAACCUGUUCCAACUCCAGAUAGGCUCAUAUUUCAGACUAUCUCUGUCCAGGCGGGGCAUUACCGACACACUAUCACUGUCCGGCUUCAGAAAGAAAUUCUAUUCCUAUCAGCCAUGGACCUCAUCUCUCAUCUCUCGCUGGACCAGCAUCUGUGUUACCUGGGAGGCCAGUGGGGGUGUGGCUCAGGUGUUUAGGGGAAGUACCAGCAGCGUCAUGAAGAUUCUGAGAAGAACGAGUAUGUUCAGCAGAGGCCCAGCAGUUCUGACUGUGUCAGGGUUCGAAGGUCAGGUCUGUGACAUUGAGGUGUGGGACGCCCCUCUCUCUUCUGACGGCAUCUACUACUACAUGAUGGAUUACAAUUACCAUGGUAAUCUGCUCAGCUGGUCUGAUGCAGGCUUGUCCACCUCUGGCCCCGCCCUGCUGAGGAAUAAAUCCCUCCAGCAGCCAAUCAGAGUCAAGAACCCAGAUGCUGGGCCAAUGAGAGAGAAGGGGAAAAGUUUGAAGAGGGGGCAUGGGGAGAGGAUGAGGGAGGGCUGGAGAGGGGGAGGAAGAGAUGGAAGGAGUAGGGAGAGAAUGAGGGAGAGAUUGUGAGGGGGUAAGGAUAGAGUGAUUGGAUUGAGGUGGAGAGGGGGAUGAAGAGGUGAAAGGUUAGGAUAUAGGAUAUAAUCAAGCCUAGUACGUUUGUAACAAUAUGAUUAUGCACAUCAAUAAAUUACAAUAUAAUAUUACAAUAUUCAUCAACAUGUCUGUAGGAGGGGUAUAGAGAUGGAGAGGUGAGGUGAAGGAGGGGUAUACAGAUGGUGGGAUGGAGAGGUGAGGUGAAGGAG